CCCAGGCUGGAGCGCCAUGGCGCGAUCUCGGCUCACCGCAACCUCCGCCUCCUGGGUUCAAGCAAUUCUCCUGCCUCAGCCUCCCGAGUAGCUGGGAUUACAGGCACGCGCCACCAUGCCCAGCUAAUUUUUUGUAUUUGUAGUAGAGACAGGGUUUCACCAUGUUGACCAGGAUGGUCUCGAUCUCUUGACCUUGUGAUCCACCUGCCUCGACCUCCCAAAGUGCUGGGAUUACAGGCGUGAGCCACUGCACCCGGCCCAAAAUACUUCUAUUAAUGUGUUCCCACAGCACUUUCUUAGUCCAUCUGCGUUGCUAUAAAGGAAUGCCUGAGGCUGGGUAAUUUAUAAAGAAAAGAUGUUUAUUUGGCUCAUGGUUCUGCAGGCUAUAUAGGAAACAUGGUGCUGGCAUCUGCUUGGUUUCUGGUGACAGGGUCAGGCUGCUUCCACUCGUGGCAGAAGGUGAAGAGGAGCCAACAAGUGUAGAGAUCACAUGGUGAGAGAGGAAUCGAGGUGGGGGGGGACGGUGGUGCUACACUCUUUUUAACAACCAGUUCUUGUGGGAAUGAAUCUAGUGAGAACUCACUCAUUACUGCGAGGCUGGCACCAAGCCAUUCAUGAAGGAUCCACCCCAUGACCCAAACACCUUCCAUUAGACCCCGCCUCCCAACACUGGGUAUCAAAUUUCCACGUGAGAUUUGGAGGGGUCAAACAAACCAAACUAUAACCAGCACCUUGAACUUCCCCUCUCAUAGCACUUAUCACAGUAUAGUGUUGUAAUUGUCUGGUUCCUUGUCUGUACGUUCCACCAGACUGCAUGCAGGGACCUAAUCUGUAUUUCUCAUCGGUGUUGUCUCAAUGCUUAACACAGUAUGCCUGGCAGUACCCUUCAAUAUUUUUUUGAAGAAUGAGCAAAUGAAUUAUCGUGUCUCCAGCUAGGUUUGCCAAUAUGACUAAUAUGUAGUGUAGUGAGUGCCUGCGAUGUGCCAUUUUACUACCUAAUCUUUGUAUGGACUCUGUCCCCUAGUCUUACCUACCAACGCCAUUGUCUUAGUUGAGACAUCUGUCAUUUCUUCACUGGCAUAAGAUAGCUUGUAAUUCCAAUCUCAGUCCUCUCUGUUCUAUUCUCCACACACAAUCCUCUCUGUUCUAUUCUCAACACAGCUUCCAGAGCGAUCUUUCUAGAGGCAAAUCAGGCCAUGUCACUCCCAAGCUGAAAGACCACAGUGGGUUCAGUGUAGCCUACAUGGUAUUCUAAAACUUGAGCAUGGCAUAACAGAACCUCCAUGUCUCCGAGGUUGUUCAAGCUUGUACUCACUCUUCAAGCUCCUGCCUACCUCUUUCCCAGCACACCAACCACUACUAGUCCAUUGGCAUCUUACUCUCCAGGCUUAAUGAAUUGAUUGCAACUCCCCUCCUCCCACCAGUGCCUUGGCUUCUCUCAUCAUGCUACAGAUUCUUUAACACACACAUUGUCCUCCAAGAAGCUUGCCAGAUCCAUUCCUAUUGUUUCAACAAAAUGUUUAUUGACCAUCCUUUAUACACUAUGACCAAAUAGGAAUUAUCCCACAAACGUAAGGUUGGUUCAACAUGUGAAAAUUAAUUUAUAUAAUAAAUCAUAUUAACAGAAUGCAUGGUGGCGGUGGAGCGGGGCGAGAAACUCAUGGUCAUCUUAAUCACGUACAAAAAGGAGCACUUAACAAAACACAAUACCUUUUGGUGAAAAUAAGUUCAACAAACCAGGAAUAGAAAGAAACCUCUUCAACCUGAUAAAGGGCAUCCAUGAAAAACCCAGAGAAAAUAUCAUAUUUGAUGGUGAAAGACUGGCUGAUUUCCCCCUAAGAUCAGGAAUGAGUCCAUCAAAAGAAACUGAGAUGAUUUGACUCUGUGUGCCCAGCCAAAUCUCAUGCUACAGAUUCUUUAACACACACAUUGUCCUCCAAGAAGCUUGUCAGAUCCAUUCCUGUUGUUUCAACAAAAUGUUUAUUGACCAUCCUUUAUACACUAUGACCAAAUAGUAAUUAUCCCACAAUAAUUAACAGAAUGCAUGGUGGCAGUGGGGCAAUGAAUAACCUGAAAAUAAGAUUGAGGAAAUCAUUUAUCUUACAGUAGCAUUGAAAUAAUAAAAUACAGAGGAAUAAAUUUAACAAAAGCUGUACAAGACAUAGAGUCUGAAAAUUACAAGACAUUGCUAAAAUAAAUUAAACAAGACCUAAAUAAACUGCAAGGCGUUUUGUGUUAAGGAUUGGAGCACAUAAUAUUAUUAAGAUGCCCAUAAUCUCCAAGGCAAUAUACAGAUUCAUCGUGAUGCCUGUCAGAAUCCAACUUGCUUUCUUUGUAAAAAUUGACAAGCUAAUCCUAAAAUUCUUAUGAAAAUGUAAGGGACCCAGAUAGCCCAAAGAAUCUCAUAAAAGAUAAAAUUUAAAGGACUCACACUCCCAAUUUCAAAACGUACUACAAGGCUAAACUAAUCCAAAAAGGGUGGUACUGGCAUCACGAUAGAUAUAUUAAGUCAAUGUUACAGAACUCGGGGUCAGAAAUAAACCCAUAUGUUUAUGCAUAGUUCAUUUUCAAUAAGAGUGCUAGCACCACUCAAUGGGCAGGGAUGGGGGGUGGCGGGGAACAAUAAUCCCUUCAACAAAUUGUGCUAGGACAACUGCAUAGCCAAAUGCAAAAGAAUGCCCCGGACCUCCACCUCACACCGUGUAAAAAAUUAAUUCAAAAUGGAUCACAGGUCUAAAUGUAAGGGCUGAAACUGUAAGACUCUUAGAAGAAAAUAGAGAUGUAACUUUCCAGGACCUUGGAUUAGGCAACAGUUCCUUCCGUAUGAAACCAAAGGGACAGCCACAGACAUUUUUUACAUUUGGCAAAUUGGACUACAUCCAAAUUAAAAUCUUUUGGGCAAGAAAGGGUACUAUCCAGAAAGUGAAUGGGAGAAACAUGUGCAAAUCACAUAUCCGAUAAGAGUCUAUUUUCAAGAAUAUAUAAAUAAGUUUUAGAACCCCGCAGCCAAAAUACAAUCAACCAGAUUUAAAAAAGGGGCAAUGGGCUUGAGUAGACAUUCCUCCAAAGUAGAGGUACAAAAGGCAAAGAAGCACAUGAAAAGAUGUCUUAGUGUGUUUUCUGUUGCUAUAGUUGAAUACCUGACACUGAACAAUUUAUAAGGAAGAGAAAUUUAUUUCUUACCGUUCUGGGGACUGGGAAGUGCCUCAGCAUCUGGUGAUGGCAGGGGAUAUCAGGUGGUCAGAGGGCAAGAGCAUGUAUGUCGUUUCAGGCCUCUUUUCCUAUUCUUAUAAAGCCACCAGUCCCAUUAUGGGGGUCUCACCCCGACGACCUUAUCUAAUCCCAAUUACCGUCUGAAAGGCUGCGUCUCCAAUGCCAAAUGUGGGUGAAGGGGAGAAGAAAAGAAAGCACACUGCCAUGUGUGUACCUACGCAACUGUCUUGCAUGCUCUGCUCAUGUACCCCAAAACCUAUAAUCCAAUAAAAAAUUAAAAAAAAAAAAAGUUUCCAACACACAGAAUUUGGGGGACACACUCAAGCCAUAGCAACAUCAUUAGCCAUUUGGGAAAUGCAAAUGAAAACCACCAUGAGAUAGCGCUUCACACCCACUAGGAUGGCUAUUAUAAAUGAAACAAAAUGAGGCAAACAGAAAACAAGUUUUGAUGAUGUGAAGAAACUGGGACUCUCAUGCACUACUGUUGGGAAUGCGAACGAUUACAGCUGCUGUGGAAAUCAGUUUGGUGGUUCCUCAAUAAGUUAAACAGAAUUACCAUAUGAAGCAGCAGGUUGGCUCCUAGAAAUAGACCCAAAAGAACUGAAAACAGGUAUUCAAACAAAAACUUGUACAGAGAUGGUCAUGGCAGUGCUAUUCACAAUAGCCAGAGGGGGAAAUAACUUGUCUAUCACCUGAUGAGUGGAUAAACAAAAUGUGGCCUAUCUAUACAACGGAAUAUUAUUCAUUCAUUCAAAGGCAGGAAGAACUGAUUCACGCCUCUACAUGGAUGAACCCUGAUGAAAACAUUACGCUAAGUGAAAGCGGCCAGACACACAAGGCCUCCCAUUUGGUUGUAUGAUUCCAUCUACAGGAAAUCUCCAAAACAGGCAAACCUCUAUGGACAGAAAGCAGAUUGGUUAGUGGUUGCAAGGGGACUAUCGGGAACGUGUGUAUGUGGCGGGGGCGGCGGUAGCGGACGUGUGGAAGGAGGCGUGUGGUGAGUGACCGCUUACAGGUACAGGGGUUUCGGUUACUCUUCUGGGUGUUGAAACUGUUUUGGAACCAGGUGGUUGCGACGGGUCUGCAACAUUGUGAAGGAGCCGUACCCAGCAUCCUCCCCUGGGCCGUCCCUUUGUCUUUCUCCCAACCAGUAGAAAGGGAGAGUUCCCCCACUGGCGCAGAGAGGGUCACCAGCGGGAUGCCCCCUCCCCGCCCCACUCCGCACCCACCCCGGGCCUCCAGCCGCUUCCAGGCCCGGGCCUGCUCCCUCGGGGCCAAUGGGAAGGCUGUGAGGUCACCUGAUGGGCGUGCCCUCCAGCCUCUUCCAGGCCCAGGCCUGCUCCCUCGGGGCCAAUGGGAAGGAGGUGACGUCACCUGAUGGGCGUGUCCCUGGUGAGGCCGUGGCCACGUGGGAGCGAGGCCGUCACCAUGUGGUGACGUGGUGGCACGAGGAUGUGCGUGCCCAUGGGACUGGGCUCCCCAGCCAAUGAGGGGCUGGGCCCUGGUCGCUAAGAUACACGGUACUGGACGCGAUAACGGUCAUCUUGAGAGGCAUCUUGUCGUGCUAGAGCAAGCCGAGCCGAGAUAGGGCACCCAACACCCAGCAUGUUGGGGAGGAGGAGCCGUCGAGGGUCCUCUGGUGCUGGCGGCCGGGGGCAUACCCUCUCUCGCACCGCCCGAGGGGAGCUUUUGUUUUCUGUGAGCGAGGUGGAGCGUAGUCUACAGGAAGGCCAGUGCGCCCAGCGCCUGAGUCCCUCUGCGCCAGUCUUCCUCGCUGCCGUGAUUCAGUACCUGACGGCCCAGAUCCUGGAGCUGGCGGGCAAGGAGGCCCACAACAACGGAGAGAGGACCAUCACUCCACAGCCGCUGGACAUGGCGGUUCACGACAACGCGCUGCUGAGCACCCUCUUUGACACAACAACCGUCUCUCAAGUGGUUCCCGGCCGGGACUAGCUGCUGACGACGCACGACUUCUGGGACCUGGCAGGUCCACUCGUCCACCCACCCAGCCCCAAAUCCCCCAGCCCCCAAACCACCCCCUGUUUCCACCGGCCCCGAGGUCUCUUGGGCCUUCAUUCAUUAAU